CCUAGGUUUUCCUCAUCCCUCCCGUGACUUCCCACUUUUCCCAGCCUCCGUCGCCAUUGCCGUGCGCCCACAAAAAACACCCUUCCCGCAUCGAUCGGCGGCCAAUCCGCUGCCGUACGUCCCCCAUCUCCCGGUCUCCGGUCAGAUCUGCUCGCUCCCGGCUCUAUAAGGUUGAACCUUCCAGCCGGAUGCCGCGCGACCUGUCGCGGUCGCCUCCGCGGCGGCGCCGGCGGUCGCCGUCCCCGCUUUACCGCGGCCGGACGGGCCGCAGGGAGCGCGUAGCCAGCCGCAGCAGAUCCCCUUAUCGCCCUUCCUAUAGAAGGAAGAGCCCUUCACCUUCCCCUCCUAGGAGGCGCAAGAGUCGAUCUCCAUCAGAAAGACGUUACAGAAAAAAGAGAAGUCGGAGCGUCACUAGUUCUCCAGUUGCCAAAUCUAGUCCUCACCUUGGCCCUCCAGAGAAUAAGAAUGCCAUUGAUAAGCAAAAGCUAGAAGAAGAAAAGAAAAGGCGCCAAAAAGAAGCUGAACUGAGACUAUUAGAGGAAGAAACUAAAAAAAGGGUCGAGCAGGCUAUUAGAAAACAUGUCGAGGAUAGUUUGAAUUCUGAGGAAAUCAAACAUGAAAUACAAAGACGAAUUGAUGAAGGGCGGAAAAAAAUUCAUGAGGAGGUAGCUUCCCAAAUCGAGAAAGAGAAGGAGUCAGCCUUGGUUGAAGCCCAGCGGAAAGCAGAACGAGAGAAAAUAGAGCGAGAAGAGCUAGAGAAGAAACUCGAAGAAGACCGAAAGAAAGUAGAGGAGGCCCAGAUGAAGGUGGCUAUGGAACAACAGCAGAAAGAGCUGGAGCGAUACCAGGAGCUGGAGAGGCUUCAGAAAGAGAGGGAGGAAGCCAUGAAGCAGAAACAGAUGGAGGAACAGCAGCAAAAGCAGAACCAGAUGAAGCUGCUGGGCAAGAACAAGUCGCGGCCGAAGCUGUCGUUCGCAUUUGGGAUGAAAUAGAAUCAGACUCGCCGACGGAGAUUAGCUCUGUUAGUUCCAUUUGUGACCACUUGUCCGAAACCGUUCAUUGCUGGUAAGUCGUACAAACAAAUUGACUUGUGGUAAAAGUUCUUGAUCAGCUGUUGUAAGCUCCUUUCUGCGAUGUGCGUUCCCGAGAGUGCGCCUCCUUGGGGCAACGUUGUUGUUUGGUUGUGAUGACACAUAUGUUGUCUCGAUUGGCUUGAGUGGGACGAUGAUCUCUCUUCAGCUUCAUGUAAACAAGCAAAAUGGCCAACCCGGUUGCAGGCA